AUGUCGGUAGAAUGCCCGAUACAUCCUGGCGCUCAUCUGGUGGAGGAUCAUCGAGCCGGUGAUUUGAUUUGUCCCGAAUGUGGUCUGGUUGUGGGAGACAGACUAGUGGAUGUGGGCACAGAAUGGCGAUCAUUCAGUAACGAGAAAUCUGGUGCAGAUCCUUCACGUGUUGGAGCACCGGAGAAUCCACUUCUUGGAAGCGCUGAUUUGUCGACAUCUAUUGCUGUCGGUUUUGGUAGUUCUGAGAGCGAUCACAGGCAAUACACAUUUUAUUUCUUGGCAAAUGCGCAACGCAAGAAUAUGAAUAACAUGGAUCGACAGAUGGCACAGGGUUUAAGUGUAAUUCGUGAAAUGAGUGCGCGCAUUCACCUCCCAAAAUCUAUAGAGGAUGGUGCGGCGAAGAUUUUCAAAGAUGUUUUGGAUAGCAAAGCAUUACGAGGGAAAAAUAACGAAGCUCAGGCAGCAGCAUGUUUAUACAUAGCUUGCAGAAAGGAGGGUGUUCCACGUACAUUUAAAGAAAUCUGUGCUGCUUCUCGUGUUUCCAAAAAAGAAAUAGGACGAUGUUUCAAACUGAUUAUAAAGUCAUUGGAAACGAGUUUGGAGCAGAUUACUAGUGCAGAUUUUAUGUCGCGAUUCUGUGGUAAUUUAGGUUUACCACAUAGUAUCCAAGCUGCGGCAACACGAAUUGCAAAAAAAGCUGUCGAAUUGGAUUUAGUUGCUGGCCGUAGUCCGAUAUCUAUAGCUGCAGCAGCUAUAUAUAUGGCAAGUCAAGCAUCCAGCAAUAAAAAGACUGCUAGAGAAAUUGGUGAAAUUGCGGGUGCUGCGGAAGUGACGGUAAAACAAACAUAUAAACUUCUUUAUCCUCGUGCCGCGGAAUUGUUUCCUGAAGAUUUUAAAUUUGCUACAGGAGUUGAAUCGCUUCCCCCGUCAUGA